AUGGCUGAUUUAUUCUCUGUUUAUUUGCAUCAAAUUGCAGCACCGAAAGCGCUUGCAUUACGAAGGCCUAGUUUUUGUGUCAAGCAAAAGCAGCUCUCCGUAAAUAUCUCGAUUUUUGGUAAACUUCCAGGUUACGUAAGGAUUUUUGGAGUGUUUGAAUGUCCGAGCAGAGCGCAAUAUUUCGUUCAUACUCCGUCAACGCAACGUGAAUGUUUUUCUGGACUUGCCGUUGGCGCCGCGUUCAACGGUCUUCGGCCAGUAUGUGAAUUUAUGACGUUUAACUUUUCGAUGCAGGCUGUGGAUCAAAUGAUUAAUUCUGCUGCUAAGACGCACUACAUGUCAGCAGGAAGGAUAUCAUGCCCCAUUGUAUUUCGUGGUCCUAAUGGUUCCGCUGUAGGCGUCGCUGCCCAGCACACGCAAGAUUUUUCUGCGUGGUUCUCAUAUUGUCCUGGAAUUAAGGUAAUUGCACCGUAUAGUGCAGAGGACGCUAAAGGGUUGUUGAAGGCUGCCAUUAGGGACGAGUUACUAAUGUACGAAAUAGAUUGGCGUCAUGUACGUGUCAAAAUGCUCAGUGUUAUUCUUUGUUUACUUUUAGUUGUAUUUCUGGAAAAUGAAGUGCUGUAUGGGCGUUCGUUCCCUUUUUCUGACGAAGUGCUAAAGGACGACUUCGUGCUGCCAAUAGGAGUGUGCAGAAUUGAGAGGUACCCUUUUAUGUGCAUACAUGUUACGAUAUGUGUUUACUUUUUCAGAGAAGGGAGUGAUAUAACGAUUCUUUCAUUCUCGAAAGGUGUUGAAUUAUCUCUUGAGGCUGCGGAGGAACUCAGCGCUCUCUGUGUCUCUGCCGAAGUGGUCAAUCUUCGAACUUUGUGCCCUCUUGAUUUUGAAACGAUUAAGAAUUCGGUGGCGAAAACUCGUCACUUGGUCACUGUUGAGCAAGGAUGGCCAUUUGCAGGUAUUGGAGCUGAAAUUUGUGCCCAGGUGAAUGAGGAUGUUGCAUGGAAAUACCUGAACGGUCCAAUUCUUCGCGUCACUGGAGCAGAUGUACCAAUGCCAUACGCUGAGCAUCUUGAGGUGGAAGCACUCCCAAGCAUUAACAAUAUUGUGGCUACAUGUAAGAAGAGUCUCAACAUAUAG